GCCUCGCCCACACCAAACCUGUGGACGCCGACCCGGCACCGCCGCUGGCUGGCUGCUGGCUCGCUCGACCGUCAUGGAGGCCCUGGGGGUCCUUCUGGUGCUGGAGUUUCUGCUCCUCUCCCCGACGGAGGCCCAGCAGGCCACGGAGCGUCGCCUGAAGCCGUGGCUCGUGAGCCUGGCUGCAGUAGUUGGCUUCCUGUUCAUCGUCUAUGUGGUGUUGCUGGCCAACCGCCUCUGGUGCUCCAAGGCCAGGGCUGAGGACGAGGAGACCACGUUAAGAAUGGAGUUCAACCCAUACCAGGACGAGAGUGAAGACAAGAGAGAGAAGAAAGUGGCCAAGGAGAAAGAAGAGAAGAGGAAGAAGGAGAAAAAGGCAGGGAAGGAAGGAGAGAGCAACUUGGGACUGGAGCUGGAGGAAAAAGAGCCCAGAUACCAUGAGAUAGCAAAGAACACAACCAUGUGAAGAUUCCUGGCUGCCUCUUCCAGGCAGUCCCCCAGAGAUGCCUCUUCUGACCCCUACAAGCAAUGUCCUGGAUUUGAAUCCAGUGAAAUGACUCCAUCUGGGAUUCAGAAUACAGUGUUCUCAAGUGAAGAAGGCUUAGAACCCACCCCACCUCCCUCAGUGGGGGCUCUCUGGGCAAACAUGGUUUUUCAUGCACCCCUCUUCCUGAGCUUGGUCCCUACCUGGUGAUUCUUCUUAUACUUGGAGAGCAUCCCUGGUUGAGGAGACACCCACAAUCCUCCACCAUCUCAUGGCUCCACCUGCUUCUACCCACUGCCUGAUUUCUUUUCUUUCUGCCUGAUGUCUACUGGCCAGAGCUUCCCCUAUCCCAUGCACCCACUCCCAGCUGAGGGUUGCUUCCCGAUGGCCUGCAUUAAAGCAUUCAUAAGAGCCCUUU